GCAAAUAUAAUUUAAUCACUCCGUAUCUAUGGCUGUGAAGAAGAUGAAUUGCUUUCUGCUGUUUGUAGCUCUUCUCUUGAGCAUUGAAGUUGUUAAUGGUCAAGCGAACGGAGUUGUCCGUCUUAAUUUUAAUGGAAUUGUAGAUCCAUCCAACACUGAAGGAGUCAUUGAAGUGUAUUACAAUAACAGAUGGGGUUCUAUUUGUUACACGUCUGAAUCAUCAAUAUUUUAUGCGUAUGUACCUGAUGUAGUGUGCCAUCAAUUAGGAUACACUGGUGGAAACAGUGGCAGCAAUUCAGGUGUUGUCAAUACCAGUCCAGUUUUUAGUUUGGUAGGUUGUGAAGACUCAUAUCUUACUAUAAUGCAGUGUGAUUGCUACAUUGACAUUCCUUCAUACUGCACUUAUGCUGAUAAUCUUGAUAUCACUUGCUAUGCUACAAGAAUAUGGGAUAAUCCAUACCCUGGAAUGGUUAGACUUCAAGGUGGGAAUUACACUGGUCAAGGAAUAGUACAAGUAUAUUGUAACAACGAAUGGGCUGCAGUCUGUAAUGAUGGUGACUUUAAUGAUGACACUGGAUGGACUGUAUGCACUCAACUUGGUUAUAAUGUUUUUGAUGUUGGUACAACGAGCUAUACCGGCAAAGCAUGGUUAAAUAAUGUGGAUUGCAGCACUGAUGAUCCUGAUAAAGAUGUGCCAAGUUGUUUGUCUAAAUGUUCUGGAGGUAAAUGUCCUUCCAGUACUUUCUCAUGCAGUACUGCUCUCAAUGUAACUUGUUCACAUGGUAUUAGAUUUGAUCCAGGUGGUAUCAAAGAUGCUUGUAAAUUUGCUCAUGGUUUAAGUGUUGGAGCUAUUGCUGGCAUUGUGUCUGGUUGUCUGGUUGGAUUUAUAAUAUUAGUUAUAUUUGCGACAUUGUGUAUUUGCUGCUGUAAACGAUGCUGCAGCUCUCCAGCCCCUGUUGAAGGAAGGUCCACAGAGAGACAUAAUAUCCUGAAUAAAAGAAAUACUGCAACUAAUUACUCAAAAGUUUAACAGUAACAUUGCUGAGUUUGCUGCUGUCCACUUGUUAAAAUGCAUGUCUUUCUCCCCUUGUUUGCUGACUAGUAACUAGUAACUGCAUGUACCUAAUAUGUAUUUUUGUUAAAACUCUAUUUUUUGAUAUUAUUCCUUGAGUUGCUUGCAUUUUUAUUGCCCUUUUCAGUUUUCUUAGAAUUAUUUGUAGGAACAUAGUAAAUAUAAA